CCAUAUUCAUGUCACAUGCGACAUUAUCGAUACCGAUAUAGUAGAGGCACAGACGUAGUAAAUGGUAGAGAUUUGAAUCUUCAAAUUGAAACGUUGUCACUGUUGUCAGUCAACCAUCAACCAUCGGUUCGUACGGUUUGUAAAAGAUCGAAGCAUUCUGGUGUUCAAAGUUCGUUGCGUGUUUUCGAAAUUAUGGAGAACAGAAUGACGGAAUUUGAGGAAAACGUGUCCUUCGAUAUCGAUGACCCGGACUUUGCACCGACGAAUCCUCCUACUAUUCCUCAUAAUGUUCUUCACAGCGUACAAUUCACCGAUAUUACAUUCGGCGUUAAUAAAUUUGUAACGCAUCAAAAUAACAACAUGUCUGUAACCACAUCCGUGCAACCAGCUACUGAGAGUCUUUCUCGCCACGGAAGCAAUAUCUCCUUAUCCUGCCAUAGUUCAUGCGGGAGCGUCGACGAUGGCCUCCAAGGAUCUCAUCCUCAGUAUCAAGACACGAUCCUUACGAUUGAGGAACUUCGUGCUCAACUGAACUCCUGCUUCACAUGUGGGGUUUCGUGGAGCGAAGAACAUGUCUCUCUGGACUGCAGCGAAUGCGGUGGCUAUUCCCUUCAGCGGCCGUGUCCACUCUGUGACGGACGUUGUCGCACCUCGUGGAAACGCGAUCUUACUAUGUCGCACGCCAGUGGUAAAGCAAGAUGGAUUGGUGAAUGUGGAUUAAGUUGCGGUCCUUCCAUCGAGGAGCCAUUGGUGCCCGCGUUGGAAAAACUACGAGCCACAUCGUGAACGAUGUUCAGCAGCAAAUGCAUAGAAAGACGUCGUCGUGUACCGUCAACCAUGCACAAGACUUAAUCCAUCACCAUUCAUAUAGCGUCACCCCACCACCAUUGUGCGAGUCGGAAAUGUGUGAAUGUGGAUUUUGGAUGUAUAAAUGAUACAUUAUGUUCCUGAGGAGCGAGAACGGAACGGACAACAUCGAACAAUGAAACCCGUUCUUCUUCCAUGGCUUCAUGUUUGAUGAUGCAUUACCAUGAAUGGUCGAUUAGCGAAGAAUCUUCUGAGAGCUUAAGCAAAGAUCACCAUCUUCAUCGUCAUCGUGAAUUCAAGAAACAUUUGGGUUUAAAAAGGCGAAGAACUACUGCGUGGAAUUUUCGCUGCUGACGAUUGCUUCUUGAUAGAUCAAGAAAUAUGAUACAAUACCACGUUCGAUCUCUUUGUAUUACUAGAAAUUUUGAAUCGCAUUUCAUUGGGAAUAUGUAUUAGCCGCUGAAACUUUAAUUGAAUUAAUAGUUAAAAUGAUUUCGCCUCUCAGAAACAAUUGACCGACAAAUUGAUACAGCUGUGUGCUUUUAGAAGAAUUAAUCAGGGCUGUAAUUACAUUUCGUUGAUAGCGGUCGGUUAGCGGAUAUCCUCGUUAAUCGAUAAAUAUUGGUGCAACGUUGUUUGAAUUCAGUACAUAAGUUUUUAUAUAUCUUUCACUACAAUGAAAUGCUGCUAUAUUUUGGCAAAAGUAGCGAGAAAAUACUUAUCCAAAAUGGUAGUAGAGCGUGAAUAAGUAGUUCCAAAAUGCGCGCGCAUGCGUGUGUAUUACGGUUUUACGAAUCUGCAAUAAGUAUUUUCACGCUUAGUUUGUGACGAAAAAUUACACUUUAGACUUUUCUUUAUUAGCUACUGUAAAUUUGGUCUCGAAAACACAACUUUCGAGGUUUAAGUACCAUUUUACGAGAUUAUAAAGCAAAAUGAAUUUCUGUUAUUAGAUCAAUUUGUAAAAAGAUAGUAUCUUGGAUCAGUGUAGUUUAAAAGAUAUGAAACGAGAAGAUUAAUAUCUGAAAGAAUGGCAUAUGUAUUUAUUAUUAGAUUUACGGAAUCAAAAUUAGGAGUUAAAUUUUAAUUGAAAGCUGGGUAAACUAUAUCUUUUUCGAAAACAACAUACAUUAUAUUCAAAUAAUUGCUUGAUAAUUAAGAGGAACUUGCAAUAUAACGCGCAAGAAGAGUUUAACUAAAAUUUGAAGACGUAUUAACUUCAGACAAAAUUAAUUAACCGAAUCCAUAACCUCACAUCAAUCUAACAUCAUAGACCUAUACCAUUAAAUUAUAAAUGGAAGCUUUCUAUUGUAUACGAUGGAAAUACGUACAGAGUGGUAAAAGAUUGAUUUCAUAGAGACAUAGAAACUUCGGUAUAUUAUACUAAAUAUAAUACGUCUUCAUUUGCGAUUGCACUCUUAAAUGUUGGUGCUAAGUGCCAAGAAACACAAAAAUUAAUCUAAGAAGCAGAACUGCGAAAAAAUCAAUCAAUAUAGAAAGCUAGUAAACGUGAAUUAAACUUCUUUUUAUGAGUUAAAAAUAUACCGCGUUUCCAAUGGAAAAAUUUCCGACUUUAAAUAACCAUAUGUACAACAAUUUUAUUGUAAAAUACGAUUUUAGAUUUGUCAAGUUAAAAGUAGCUAAAUCAUACGUCACUCUCUACUAUUUUCCACGUAAUAAUAUGUUUCUACUCCGUUUUAGCUAAAUAAUGUAUAUGUAGCUUAUAUGAAAAAAACGAUCAAAGAGAAGCAUUUAUGUUGGUGCCAAUAAUUUUAUUGAAUUUAUACCAUUUCAUUCAUUUCUUAAACCGUUCACCGAAAUGUUUUUAAUAUUAAUUUUCGUGAAAUAAUUGUAUAAUUUAUGCACGAUUCAUUUCUGAACAUAUCUGUAUAUUUCUUGACAGUGUAAUAUUUCGUAUGUGAGAACAUGUUCAUCAAGUCCAUGCUCAUUUAUAUUAAACUAUAACUCGUGAACAUUUUCUGAAGUAUUAGCCUAGCUGCAGGCUUUAGUUUAAUGCUUUAGAAAAAACGUUUGGUAGCAAUUUUUAUUUAAUCAAUAAAAUUCUUAUUUAUGACCAAAACAUUAAAAUUAUUAUUAUGGGUUUAAUAAACGAUAUUCGUCAAAAAAA